GUGAAAUCACGGCCACUCGAAGCUUAUCAUGAGCAUCACCCUUGGAGCGUGCAUGUGAGCCUCACACGCACGCUCUUGAUAUUUAAAAGCAGCCUCACCCUGUCUAGCCUCAGUUAACCUACAAGCCUUUCACCAGCAGGUUCUCCAGACCAGCGACCCACGGCUGAAACCAGAACAGACGAAGAAUGGCUUUCGCAAUGCUGCAGAAUGGAGGUUUUGUGUUAGGCCUCAUCGGUAUGGCUUUAGUUUUUGCUGCCACUGUUAUGGAUAACUGGUGUGUCAAAGAUCGGCAGGGGGACAUGAUCACGUCUAUAUACACUUAUAAAGGACUGUGGCGAAACUGCGAAGUGUCCAAUGCUGGAUUCACAGAGUGCCGACCACUCUAUGGCCUUAUAGGCUAUUCAGGACACUUUCAAACUGUACGAGCACUGAUGGUAGUUGCUAUCGUCUUGAGUGUGAUCGCAGUUUUUAUCUCACUGUUUUCUCUAAAAUGUGUCAAAAUGAGAAGCAUGGAGCAGACCACCAAGGCCAAAAUGACUCUAUGUGCAGGAGUUAUGUUUGUCAUUGCUGCCGUCUGUGGCAUUUCUGGCCCAUCAGUGUACGCCAAUGACAUAGUGGCUAGUUUCAUGAUGACCACCUACAGUCCAAAUCAAGGAAAGAUAGGCAUGGGCCAGUACGGGGAAGAAAUAGGAAAAGGCGGAAUGGGCAUGGGCGGAAUGGGCAUGGGUGGAAUGGGCAUGGGUGGAAUGGACAUGCAUGGUCCCAGGUACACAUUCGGCCCCGCCCUUUUUGUAGCUUGGGUAGGAGCAGCUUUGUUACUCCUGGGAGGAAUUUUGAAGUGCAUUGCAUUUAAAGGAAUGCAGGGCAACAAUGAAACAGAAAAGGGAUAUGUUUACAAAGCCCCAGCCCACUGCAGGGCAGCUGAUGAAGAGGUCGAACUUGAGAGACCAAAAGGAUGUCAAAAGUAUUAAUGAAGACAAGAUUAAUGUUUCAUGUCAGUUGUGUAAAACACCAUGCAUUGAAGAACUGUAGUAAUCUCCUUGGGUGCUCGGAUUAAUGCAAUAAUGAAUGUGUUACUUAAUUCUUAAUGUUACUAUACAGUAAGAAAGAAUGUAUUAAUAUUAUUUACAGUACUUUGGUAAAGCAUGAAUUUAGGUAAACAGGGCGGUUUAUUAAUAUCCAUUAAAAAUCACUGUA